AUUCUGUGCUUGUGGUAAAAUAAAAAUGGCGCAGCAGUAUGACGUUUCUAAGGAACAACAAAAAAUCCUCGAAGAAAAGGCUAAUAGAAGGGCCUUUCUUCGUAACGAAUUCUUAAAAGCGAGGACAGACCCUUUUCAGCAUGCCUCGGGAGAAGCAGGGAUUGUGUUUGAUCCAGCGUUGCAAAGGUAUCAAGCGAUGAAAUCCAACUUGUGGGACUACUUCAAGACGUCCCCCAAGAACGUAGCCAAUGGACUUCUAUUGAUUGUGCUCCCACUUUCCGCCUACACUUAUAUUUCCUACAAGUACAAAAUGAAAUUGGAAGGGCAAUACCGCAGAGGUGAAGUGGCAUACAAGGAUCGCAAUUUCAAAUUUACGUAAAGCGUCGUUUAAAGAUAAUAUUAGUGUUGUUUUACUUUAACAAUUAAAUAAUUGAAAGACAUUGGCAGCAAUGAUUUCAUUUAUC